UGAAUGCUAUGUUACCAAAAUAAUUGAGCUAAAAAAUAAAAAUAAUUUAAUAAACUAAAAAUGCGCUUUGAUAAGAUAAAAGUCGUGAAUUAUAUUGUAUUGUCACCGAUCCUUGAUAAGUGUACAAAGUUUGAAUUAAAUCCGUCUGUUUAAAGUGGGUAAAAAUUGUAUCUAAAGAAGUUGGAUACAUACAAACAUAUACGUACAGGAUUACAUGCCGGAAUCAGGUGCUUUUAUAAGUCUCUAAAAACAUAAUACAAUAAUAAUAAUGUAUUCUGUGAGUCGUAUUACUGAAAGCGACGUUGAAGAUGUCAUGAAGUUUAUGAAGAGAACGUUCUUCAACACGGAACCCUUAUGUACCACAGUUGGAUACUGUCAGUCCGAAAAUGAAGAAACCCCAGACAUGGACGACUUUAUGCAAUAUAGUUUACCGGGGGAUUCGUUUCAGGCGAAAGAUGAAGACGGUCGUAUAGUAGCAGCGCUUAUAUGUGGACCAGUGCCUCUUGUAAAUCCGGGAGUCAAUCUACACGAGCUGAAGAACUGCAGAAGUCCAAAAUAUAAGAAAUUCAUCCAAAUGAUGUUUUUACGAGAGAUGUUAUUGGAGAUUUGGAAUAUUUACCCAAAUGACGACAGAGUUUUUGAAAUCAAGUUAGCAUGCACCGAUCCAAAAUGGUGUAAAAAAGGAAUAAUGAAUGAACUUAUGAAAGAAGCAGAGAACGCAGCCAAGGAGUUAAAUAUAAGAUUAUUACGUAUAGAUACGACAAGCGCUUACUCAGCAAAAUCAGCUGAAAGUAUGGGUUUCAAAUGUGUUUUUAGUAGGUUAUACAAAGAUAUAUUAUUAGAUGGAAAACCGUUGAUAGUACCUGAACCACCGCAUUUGGAAGAUAAAGUGUUUGUGAAGGAAUUGUAUUGAAUUUUGAUUAAUAU